CUAGCCAUAAACGGCUAAAAAAUAACCGUUAUAUCUGGCAACUCCAGCUGGGACGCCAAAUCGAGCCACCUCUAGCUGGUAUGUCAAAAUAAAUAAGUUACCAGUAACAGCUGUAGCAAGUUAAUGUUACAGAUUGGGGCUCAGAACGCAAUUGCAGUAAUGUGCGGGAGCAUCUUCCUAGCUAAUUGAAAACGCAACAGCAACAGCAGCAGAUUGAAUGGAAAACAACAAAAACAAAACUGAAACCGAAAAGAAAACAAAACAACGCAGAGAGUGUGGAGAGUGGAGAGCGCAAGAGAGGCCAGCGACAAAUUGAGGCAAGACAGCAGGCGCGCGUUCUUUGUUGCAAAUUAUAGUUGGCUACGAUCCGAACCAUUCCACACCAUUCCAAUAAGCGUGCGGGGAUCCAAGCGACCCAUUCCGACAGAUCCGACGACGACAAUAGCUUCAAGACAGAGCUCCGAUGCGGACGUGCCGCAACCGAAAGCGCUCUCUCUAAGCGGGACAUCAUCACAGGACAACAGCAGCCACAUCAGCCAAAUCAGCAGCAUCAGGGCGCCAUGUCGGCGGUCAACAAUCAAAAGGAGAGUCCCAGCCGGGACUCGACGGCGUCCACAUCCGGUCACAUCUCCAUGCUGGCGGACAACACAAUGGGAUCACUGUCCAGGGACUAUAGCCUGGGCAGCCUGAACUCGACCGGAAGCCAGGACGAGUUCUUUCGGUGCAGGGAUCAUGCGGACAACAUCCUCAAAAAGAUGCAGCUCUACAUGGACAGCCAGCAGCUGUGCGACGUGGUCCUGAUCGCGGGCAUCGAUGGCAAGCGAGUGCCUGCUCACCGUCUGGUGCUAUCGGCGUCCAGCGCCUACUUCUCCGCCAUGUUCACAGGAUCGCUGCGCGAGACCAAGGAACAGGAGGUGACCCUCGGCGAGGUGCACGGCGACGCACUGCAUCUGCUGGUGCAAUAUUGCUACACGGGGUUCAUCGAGAUGCGCGAGGAUACUGUGGAGACGCUGCUUGCCACCGCCUGUCUGUUGCAGCUCAACUCCGUGGUCACUGCCUGCUGCAACUUCCUCGCCCGCCAGUUGCAUCCGUCUAACUGCCUGGGGUUCGCCUUCUUCGCGGAGCAGCAGAGCUGCACCACCCUGUUGCGAUUGGCCCAGGCCUAUACCUGCCAGUACUUUACGCAAGUGUGCCAGAACCAGGAGUUCUUCCAGCUGAACGCUGACCAGCUGGGCAAGCUGCUGUGCAGCGACGAUCUCAAUGUACCCUCGGAGCAGGAAGUCUUCCACAGCCUGAUGUCCUGGGUGCGUCACGAUUCCCCCGCCCGGGAGCAGUACAUCCCCGAGCUGUUGGCCUUGGUCCGACUGCCCUUGUUGCAGCCCGGCUUCAUCAUGGAUCACGUGGAGAACGUCUGCAAUGCUAACGAGUGCCAGCAGCUGGUGAUGGAGGCAUUCAAGUGGCACUUGAUGCCCGAGCGCAGAUCCCGGAUCGCCACGGAACGCACCACGCCCCGAAAGUCGACGGUGGGUCGCCUCCUGGCUGUCGGGGGCAUGGAUGCUCACAAGGGCACCAUCAGCAUCGAGAGCUACUGCCCGCGGCUAGACAAGUGGACACCUUGGAAGCACAUGACCGGACGUCGGCUGCAGUUCGGCGCCGCUGUGAUGGAGGAUAAGCUAAUAUUGGUCGGUGGCAGGGAUGGAUUGAAGACCCUGAACACUGUGGAGAGUCUGGACCUGAAUACGAUGACCUGGGCGCCGUUGAAUGCAAUGGCCACGCCGCGUCAUGGCCUGGGUGUGGCGGUGCUGGAGGGUCCCCUGUAUGCCGUGGGUGGUCACGACGGCUGGAGUUACCUGAACACAGUGGAGAGAUGGGAUCCCGUGGCGCGUACCUGGAGCUAUGUGGCACCCAUGUCUUCAAUGCGUUCCACAGCCGGGGUGGCAGUACUGGGUGGUCGCCUGUACGCGGUAGGAGGACGGGAUGGAUCGGUCUGCCAUCGCUCCAUCGAAUGCUACGAUCCGCACACCAACAAAUGGAGUCUUCUGGCGCCGAUGAAUAAACGUCGCGGCGGCGUGGGCGUAACCGUGGCCAAUGGUUUCCUGUACGCUCUGGGAGGUCACGAUUGUCCGGCCAGCAACCCGAUGGUGUGUCGCACUGAGACGGUGGAGCGUUACGAUCCAGCCACUGAUACUUGGACAAUGAUUUGCGCCCUGGCUCUGGGGCGAGAUGCCAUUGGGUGUGCCCUGCUCGGCGAUCGUCUGAUUGUCGUUGGUGGCUACGACGGCAACCAGGCCCUAAAGAACGUGGAGGAGUACGAUCCGGUGCGCAACGGAUGGAACGAACUGGCGCCGAUGUCGUUUGCGAGAGCCGGCGCCUGUGUGGUGGCCAUUCCGAAUGUCAUCCCGCCUGCGGCCCACCAGCCGCCGCCCAGUGCUACAAAAAAGAAGAAGUGGAAGCCUGUGAGAUUGGAUCCAAUCUGCUACAGUAGGCGUCCAAGAUCGGUCGAGUUUGUCGACUUCUAUAACAUGUAAAUGCAAACACAGAAAUCAAACAAACAAACAGACAACCAACAAUCAAAACAAACAAACUAUAAACAUUUAAGACGCCCAUCUGGGAAUACAAGAAAGAGUACGAUUCAAAAAACAUCAAUUCCCAUUGACAUUAAUCAAGAUGGAAGAGAAUUCAAAUAUUACGUAUUAUUUUAUAUUUACACAUAUAUAUAUUUUUACACAAAACAUACACUAUGCAUAAACGUAUACCCUAAAAUGUAUUUUUUGUAAUAAAAACAAGUUGCAUCGGUUUUCUUAACGAUGCCAAGCUGCCAGUGCAAGAAUAAAGUCCAAAAUCUGAAUCAAAA